AUGCCUCACAUCCCGCUGACACCUCGAGAGGAACGCGGAGUUCAUUGCUUCAAAAGGCUCAAGACGUAUGCCAACUUCCCAGAAGCACCUCAGGAGGAGGCUUCUCUCAGCAAUAGGCUCAAGACGUAUGCCAACUUCCCAGAAGCACCUCAGGAGGAGGCUUCUCUCAGCAAUAGGCUCAAGACGUAUGCCAACUUCCCAGAAGCACCUCAGGAGGAGGCUUCUCUCAGCAAUAGGCUCAAGACGUAUGCCAACUUCCCAGAAGCACCUCAGGAGGAGGCUUCUCUCAGCAAUAGGCUCAAGACGUAUGCCAACUUCCCAGAAGCACCUCAGGAGGAGGCUUCUCUCAGCAAUAGGCUCAAGACGUAUGCCAACUUCCCAGAAGCACCUCAGGAGGAGGCUUCUCUCAGCAAUAGGCUCAAGACGUAUGCCAACUUCCCAGAAGCACCUCAGGAGGAGGCUUCUCUCAGCAAUAGGCUCAAGACGUAUGCCAACUUCCCAGAAGCACCUCAGGAGGAGGCUUCUCUCAGCAAUAGGCUCAAGACGUAUGCCAACUUCCCAGAAGCACCUCAGGAGGAGGCUUCUCUCAGCAAUAGGCUGAAGACGUAUGCCAACUUCCCAGAAGCACCUCAGGAGGAGGCUUCUCUCAGCAAUAGGCUCAAGACGUAUGCCAACUUCCCAGAAGCACCUCAGGAGGAGGCUUCUCUCAGCAAUAGGCUCAAGACGUAUGCCAACUUCCCAGAAGCACCUCAGGAGGAGGCUUCUCUCAGCAAUAGGCUCAAGACGUAUGCCAACUUCCCAGAAGCACCUCAGGAGGAGGCUUCUCUCAGCAAUAGGCUCAAGACGUAUGCCAACUUCCCAGAAGCACCUCAGGAGGAGGCUUCUCUCAGCAAUAGGCUCAAGACGUAUGCCAACUUCCCAGAAGCACCUCAGGAGGAGGCUUCUCUCAGCAAUAGGCUCAAGACGUAUGCCAACUUCCCAGAAGCACCUCAGGAGGAGGCUUCUCUCAGCAAUAGGCUCAAGACGUAUGCCAACUUCCCAGAAGCACCUCAGGAGGAGGCUUCUCUCAGCAAUAGGCUCAAGACGUAUGCCAACUUCCCAGAAGCACCUCAGGAGGAGGCUUCUCUCAGCAAUAGGCUCAAGACGUAUGCCAACUUCCCAGAAGCACCUCAGGAGGAGGCUUCUCUCAGCAAUAGGCUCAAGACGUAUGCCAACUUCCCAGAAGCACCUCAGGAGGAGGCUUCUCUCAGCAAUAGGCUCAAGACGUAUGCCAACUUCCCAGAAGCACCUCAGGAGGAGGCUUCUCUCAGCAAUAGGCUCAAGACGUAUGCCAACUUCCCAGAAGCACCUCAGGAGGAGGCUUCUCUCAGCAAUAGGCUCAAGACGUAUGCCAACUUCCCAGAAGCACCUCAGGAGGAGGCUUCUCUCAGCAAUAGGCUCAAGACGUAUGCCAACUUCCCAGAAGCACCUCAGGAGGAGGCUUCUCUCAGCAAUAGGCUCAAGACGUAUGCCAACUUCCCAGAAGCACCUCAGGAGGAGGCUUCUCUCAGCAAUAGGCUCAAGACGUAUGCCAACUUCCCAGAAGCACCUCAGGAGGAGGCUUCUCUCAGCAAUAGGCUCAAGACGUAUGCCAACUUCCCAGAAGCACCUCAGGAGGAGGCUUCUCUCAGCAAUAGGCUCAAGACGUAUGCCAACUUCCCAGAGGCACCUCAGGAGGAGGCUUCUCUCAGCAAUAGGCUCAAGACGUAUGCCAACUUCCCAGAAGCACCUCAGGAGGAGGCUUCUCUCAGCAAUAGGCUCAAGACGUAUGCCAACUUCCCAGAAGCACCUCAGGAGGAGGCUUCUCUCAGCAAUAGGCUCAAGACGUAUGCCAACUUCCCAGAAGCACCUCAGGAGGAGGCUUCUCUCAGCAAUAGGCUCAAGACGUAUGCCAACUUCCCAGAAGCACCUCAGGAGGAGGCUUCUCUCAGCAAUAGGCUCAAGACGUAUGCCAACUUCCCAGAGGCACCUCAGGAGGAGGCUUCUCUCAGCAAUAGGCUCAAGACGUAUGCCAACUUCCCAGAAGCACCUCAGGAGGAGGCUUCUCUCAGCAAUAGGCUCAAGACGUAUGCCAACUUCCCAGAAGCACCUCAGGAGGAGGCUUCUCUCAGCAAUAGGCUCAAGACGUAUGCCAACUUCCCAGAAGCACCUCAGGAGGAGGCUUCUCUCAGCAAUAGGCUCAAGACGUAUGCCAACUUCCCAGAAGCACCUCAGGAGGAGGCUUCUCUCAGCAAUAGGCUCAAGACGUAUGCCAACUUCCCAGAAGCACCUCAGGAGGAGGCUUCUCUCAGCAAUAGGCUCAAGACGUAUGCCAACUUCCCAGAGGCACCUCAGGAGGAGGCUUCUCUCAGCAAUAGGCUCAAGACGUAUGCCAACUUCCCAGAAGCACCUCAGGAGGAGGCUUCUCUCAGCAAUAGGCUCAAGACGUAUGCCAACUUCCCAGAAGCACCUCAGGAGGAGGCUUCUCUCAGCAAUAGGCUCAAGACGUAUGCCAACUUCCCAGAAGCACCUCAGGAGGAGGCUUCUCUCAGCAAUAGGCUCAAGACCUAUGCCAACUUCCCAGAAGCACCUCAGGAGGAGGCUUCUCUCAGCAAUAGGCUCAAGACCUAUGCCAACUUCCCAGAAGCACCUCAGGAGGAGGCUUCUCUCAGCAAUAGGCUCAAGACGUAUGCCAACUUCCCAGAAGCACCUCAGGAGGAGGCUUCUUUCAGCAAUAGGCUCAAGACGUAUGCCAUCUUCCCAGAAGCACCUCAGGCGGAGGCUUCUUUCAGCAAUAGGCUCAAGACGUAUGCCAACUUCCCAGAAGCACCUCAGGAGGAGGCUUCUCUCAGCAAUAGGCUCAAGACGUAUGCCAACUUCCCAGAAGCACCUCAGGAGGAGGCUUCUCUCAGCAAUAGGCUCAAGACGUAUGCCAACUUCCCAGAAGCACCUCAGGAGGAGGCUUCUCUCAGCAAUAGGCUCAAGACGUAUGCCAACUUCCCAGAAGCACCUCAGGAGGAGGCUUCUCUCAGCAAUAGGCUCAAGACGUAUGCCAACUUCCCAGAAGCACCUCAGGAGGAGGCUUCUUUCAGCAAUAGGCUCAAGACGUAUGCCAACUUCCCAGAAGCACCUCAGGAGGAGGCUUCUCUCAGCAAUAGGCUCAAGACGUAUGCCAACUUCCCAGAAGCACCUCAGGAGGAGGCUUCUCUCAGCAAUAGGCUCAAGACGUAUGCCAACUUCCCAGAAGCACCUCAGGAGGAGGCUUCUCUCAGCAAUAGGCUCAAGACGUAUGCCAACUUCCCAGAAGCACCUCAGGAGGAGGCUUUUCUCAGCAAUAGGCUCAAGACGUAUGCCAACUUCCCAGAAGCACCUCAGGAGGAGGCUUCUCUCAGCAAUAGGCUCAAGACGUAUGCCAACUUCCCAGAAGCACCUCAGGAGGAGGCUUCUCUCAGCAAUAGGCUCAAGACGUAUGCCAACUUCCCAGAAGCACCUCAGGAGGAGGCUUCUCUCAGCAAUAGGCUCAAGACGUAUGCCAACUUCCCAGAAGCACCUCAGGAGGAGGCUUCUCUCAGCAAUAGGCUCAAGACGUAUGCCAACUUCCCAGAAGCACCUCAGGAGGAGGCUUCUCUCAGCCAUAGGCUCAAGACGUAUGCCAACUUCCCAGAAGCACCUCAGGAGGAGGCUUCUCUCAGCAAUAGGCUCAAGACGUAUGCCAACUUCCCAGAAGCACCUCAGGAGGAGGCUUCUCUCAGCAAUAGGCUCAAGACGUAUGCCAACUUCCCAGAAGCACCUCAGGAGGAGGCUUCUCUCAGCAAUAGGCUCAAGACGUAUGCCAACUUCCCAGAAGCACCUCAGGAGAAGGCUUCUCUCAGCAAUAGGCUCAAGACGUAUGCCAACUUCCCAGAAGCACCUCAGGAGGAGGCUUCUCUCAGCAAUAGGCUCAAGACGUAUGCCAACUUCCCAGAAGCACCUCAGGAGGAGGCUUCUCUCAGCAAUAGGCUCAAGACGUAUGCCAACUUCCCAGAAGCACCUCAGGAGGAGGCUUUUCUCAGCAAUAGGCUCAAGACGUAUGCCAACUUCCCAGAAGCACCUCAGGAGGAGGCUUCUCUCAGCAAUAGGCUCAAGACCUAUGCCAACUUCCCAGAAGCACCUCAGGAGGAGGCUUCUCUCAGCAAUAGGCUCAAGACGUAUGCCAACUUCCCAGAAGCACCUCAGGAGGAGGCUUCUUUCAGCAAUAGGCUCAAGACCUAUGCCAACUUCCCAGAAGCACCUCAGGAGGAGGCUUCUCUCAGCAAUAGGCUCAAGACGUAUGCCAACUUCCCAGAAGCACCUCAGGAGGAGGCUUCUUUCAGCAAUAGGCUCAAGACGUAUGCCAACUUCCCAGAAGCACCUCAGGCGGAGGCUUCUUUCAGCAAUAGGCUCAAGACGUAUGCCAACUUCCCAGAAGCACCUCAGGAGGAGGCUUCUCUCAGCAAUAGGCUCAAGACGUAUGCCAACUUCCCAGAAGCACCUCAGGAGGAGGCUUCUCUCAGCAAUAGGCUCAAGACGUAUGCCAACUUCCCAGAAGCACCUCAGGAGGAGGCUUCUCUCAGCAAUAGGCUCAAGACGUAUGCCAACUUCCCAGAAGCACCUCAGGAGGAGGCUUCUCUCAGCAAUAGGCUCAAGACGUAUGCCAACUUCCCAGAAGCACCUCAGGAGGAGGCUUUUCUCAGCAAUAGGCUCAAGACGUAUGCCAACUUCCCAGAAGCACCUCAGGAGGAGGCUUCUCUCAGCAAUAGGCUCAAGACGUAUGCCAACUUCCCAGAAGCACCUCAGGAGGAGGCUUCUCUCAGCAAUAGGCUCAAGACGUAUGCCAACUUCCCAGAAGCACCUCAGGAGGAGGCUUCUCUCAGCAAUAGGCUCAAGACGUAUGCCAACUUCCCAGAAGCACCUCAGGAGGAGGCUUCUUUCAGCAAUAGGCUCAAGACGUAUGCCAACUUCCCAGAAGCACCUCAGGAGGAGGCUUCUCUCAGCAAUAGGCUCAAGACGUAUGCCAACUUCCCAGAAGCACCUCAGGAGGAGGCUUCUCUCAGCAAUAGGCUCAAGACGUAUGCCAACUUCCCAGAAGCACCUCAGGAGGAGGCUUCUCUCAGGAAUAGGCUCAAGACGUAUGCCAACUUCCCAGAAGCACCUCAGGAGGAGGCUUCUCUCAGCAAUAGGCUCAAGACGUAUGCCAACUUCCCAGAAGCACCUCAGGAGGAGGCUUCUCUCAGCAAUAGGCUCAAGACGUAUGCCAACUUCCCAGAAGCACCUCAGGAGGAGGCUUCUCUCAGCAAUAGGCUCAAGACGUAUGCCAACUUCCCAGAAGCACCUCAGGAGGAGGCUUCUCUCAGCAAUAGGCUCAAGACGUAUGCCAACUUCCCAGAAGCACCUCAGGAGGAGGCUUCUCUCAGCAAUAGGCUCAAGACGUAUGCCAACUUCCCAGAAGCACCUCAGGAGGAGGCUUCUCUCAGCAAUAGGCUCAAGACGUAUGCCAACUUCCCAGAAGCACCUCAGGAGGAGGCUUCUCUCAGCAAUAGGCUCAAGACGUAUGCCAACUUCCCAGAAGCACCUCAGGAGGAGGCUUCUCUCAGCAAUAGGCUCAAGACGUAUGCCAACUUCCCAGAAGCACCUCAGGAGGAGGCUUUUCUCAGCAAUAGGCUCAAGACGUAUGCCAACUUCCCAGAAGCACCUCAGGAGGAGGCUUCUCUCAGCAAUAGGCUCAAGACGUAUGCCAACUUCCCAGAAGCACCUCAGGAGGAGGCUUCUCUCAGCAAUAGGCUCAAGACGUAUGCCAACUUCCCAGAAGCACCUCAGGAGGAGGCUUCUCUCAGCAAUAGGCUCAAGACGUAUGCCAACUUCCCAGAAGCACCUCAGGAGGAGGCUUCUCUCAGCAAUAGGCUCAAGACGUAUGCCAACUUCCCAGAAGCACCUCAGGAGGAGGCUUCUCUCAGCCAUAGGCUCAAGACGUAUGCCAACUUCCCAGAAGCACCUCAGGAGGAGGCUUCUCUCAGCAAUAGGCUCAAGACGUAUGCCAACUUCCCAGAAGCACCUCAGGAGGAGGCUUCUCUCAGCAAUAGGCUCAAGACGUAUGCCAACUUCCCAGAAGCACCUCAGGAGGAGGCUUCUCUCAGCAAUAGGCUCAAGACGUAUGCCAACUUCCCAGAAGCACCUCAGGAGAAGGCUUCUCUCAGCAAUAGGCUCAAGACGUAUGCCAACUUCCCAGAAGCACCUCAGGAGGAGGCUUCUCUCAGCAAUAGGCUCAAGACGUAUGCCAACUUCCCAGAAGCACCUCAGGAGGAGGCUUCUCUCAGCAAUAGGCUCAAGACGUAUGCCAACUUCCCAGAAGCACCUCAGGAGGAGGCUUUUCUCAGCAAUAGGCUCAAGACGUAUGCCAACUUCCCAGAAGCACCUCAGGAGGAGGCUUCUCUCAGCAAUAGGCUCAAGACGUAUGCCAACUUCCCAGAAGCACCUCAGGAGGAGGCUUCUCUCAGCAAUAGGCUCAAGACGUAUGCCAACUUCCCAGAAGCACCUCAGGAGGAGGCUUCUCUCAGCAAUAGGCUCAAGACGUAUGCCAACUUCCCAGAAGCACCUCAGGAGGAGGCUUCUCUCAGCCAUAGGCUCAAGACGUAUGCCAACUUCCCAGAAGCACCUCAGGAGGAGGCUUCUCUCAGCAAUAGGCUCAAGACGUAUGCCAACUUCCCAGAAGCACCUCAGGAGGAGGCUUCUCUCAGCAAUAGGCUCAAGACGUAUGCCAACUUCCCAGAAGCACCUCAGGAGGAGGCUUCUCUCAGCAAUAGGCUCAAGACGUAUGCCAACUUCCCAGAAGCACCUCAGGAGGAGGCUUCUCUCAGCGAUAGGCUCAAGACGUAUGCCAACUUCCCAGAAGCACCUCAGGAGGAGGCUUCUCUCAGCAAUAGGCUCAAGACGUAUGCCAACUUCCCAGAAGCACCUCAGGAGGAGGCUUCUCUCAGCAAUAGGCUCAAGACGUAUGCCAACUUCCCAGAAGCACCUCAGGAGGAGGCUUCUCUCAGCAAUAGGCUCAAGACGUAUGCCAACUUCCCAGAAGCACCUCAGGAGGAGGCUUCUCUCAGCAAUAGGCUCAAGACGUAUGCCAACUUCCCAGAAGCACCUCAGGAGGAGGCUUCUCUCAGCAAUAGGCUCAAGACGUAUGCCAACUUCCCAGAAGCACCUCAGGAGGAGGCUUCUCUCAGCAAUAGGCUCAAGACGUAUGCCAACUUCCCAGAAGCACCUCAGGAGGAGGCUUCUCACAGCAAUAGGCUCAAGACGUAUGCCAACUUCCCAGAAGCACCUCAGGAGGAGGCUUCUCUCAGCAAUAGGCUCAAGACGUAUGCCAACUUCCCAGAAGCACCUCAGGAGGAGGCUUCUCUCAGCAAUAGGCUCAAGACGUAUGCCAACUUCCCAGAAGCACCUCAGGAGGAGGCUUUUCUCAGCAAUAGGCUCAAGACGUAUGCCAACUUCCCAGAAGCACCUCAGGAGGAGGCUUCUCUCAGCAAUAGGCUCAAGACGUAUGCCAACUUCCCAGAAGCACCUCAGGAGGAGGCUUCUCUCAGCCAUAGGCUCAAGACGUAUGCCAACUUCCCAGAAGCACCUCAGGAGGAGGCUUCUCUCAGCAAUAGGCUCAAGACGUAUGCCAACUUCCCAGAAGCACCUCAGGAGGAGGCUUCUCUCAGCAAUAGGCUCAAGACGUAUGCCAACUUCCCAGAAGCACCUCAGGAGGAGGCUUCUCUCAGCAAUAGGCUCAAGACGUAUGCCAACUUCCCAGAAGCACCUCAGGAGGAGGCUUCUCUCAGCCAUAGGCUCAAGACGUAUGCCAACUUCCCAGAAGCACCUCAGGAGGAGGCUUCUCUCAGCAAUAGGCUCAAGACGUAUGCCAACUUCCCAGAAGCACCUCAGGAGGAGGCUUCUCUCAGCAAUAGGCUCAAGACGUAUGCCAACUUCCUAGAAGCACCUCAGGAGGAGGCUUCUCUCAGCAAUAGGCUCAAGACGUAUGCCAACUUCCCAGAAGCACCUCAGGAGGAGGCUUCUCUCAGCAAUAGGCUCAAGACGUAUGCCAACUUCCCAGAAGCACCUCAGGAGGAGGCUUCUCUCAGCAAUAGGCUCAAGACGUAUGCCAACUUCCCAGAAGCACCUCAGGAGGAGGCUUCUCUCAGCAAUAGGCUCAAGACGUAUGCCAACUUCCCAGAAGCACCUCAGGAGGAGGCUUCUCUCAGCCAUAGGCUCAAGACGUAUGCCAACUUCCCAGAAGCACCUCAGGAGGAGGCUUCUCUCAGCAAUAGGCUCAAGACGUAUGCCAACUUCCUAGAAGCACCUCAGGAGGAGGCUUCUCUCAGCAAUAGGCUCAAGACGUAUGCCAACUUCCCAGAAGCACCUCAGGAGGAGGCUUCUCUCAGCAAUAGGCUCAAGACGUAUGCCAACUUCCCAGAAGCACCUCAGGAGGAGGCUUCUCUCAGCAAUAGGCUCAAGACGUAUGCCAACUUCCCAGAAGCACCUCAGGAGGAGGCUUCUCUCAGCAAUAGGCUCAAGACGUAUGCCAACUUCCCAGAAGCACCUCAGGAGGAGGCUUCUCUCAGCAAUAGGCUCAAGACGUAUGCCAACUUCCCAGAAGCACCUCAGGAGGAGGCUUCUCUCAGCAAUAGGCUCAAGACGUAUGCCAACUUCCCAGAAGCACCUCAGGAGGAGGCUUCUCUCAGCAAUAGGCUCAAGACGUAUGCCAACUUCCCAGAAGCACCUCAGGAGGAGGCUUCUCUCAGCAAUAGGCUCAAGACGUAUGCCAACUUCCCAGAAGCACCUCAGGAGGAGGCUUCUCUCAGCAAUAGGCUCAAGACGUAUGCCAACUUCCCAGAAGCACCUCAGGAGGAGGCUUCUCUCAGCAAUAGGCUCAAGACGUAUGCCAACUUCCCAGAAGCACCUCAGGAGGAGGCUUCUCUCAGCAAUAGGCUCAAGACGUAUGCCAACUUCCCAGAAGCACCUCAGGAGGAGGCUUCUCUCAGCAAUAGGCUCAAGACGUAUGCCAACUUCCAAGAAGCACCUCAGGAGGAGGCUUCUCUCAGCAAUAGGCUCAAGACGUAUGCCAACUUCCCAGAAGCACCUCAGGAGGAGGCUUCUCUCAGCAAUAGGCUCAAGACGUAUGCCAACUUCCCAGAAGCACCUCAGGAGGAGGCUUCUCUCAGCAAUAGGCUCAAGACGUAUGCCAACUUCCCAGAAGCACCUCAGGAGGAGGCUUCUCUCAGCAAUAGGCUCAAGACGUAUGCCAACUUCCCAGAAGCACCUCAGGAGGAGGCUUCUCUCAGCAAUAGGCUCAAGACGUAUGCCAACUUCCCAGAAGCACCUCAGGAGGAGGCUUCUCUCAGCAAUAGGCUCAAGACGUAUGCCAACUUCCCAGAAGCACCUCAGGAGGAGGCUUCUCUCAGCAAUAGGCUCAAGACGUAUGCCAACUUCCCAGAAGCACCUCAGGAGGAGGCUUCUCUCAGCAAUAGGCUCAAGACGUAUGCCAACUUCCCAGAAGCACCUCAGGAGGAGGCUUCUCUCAGCAAUAGGCUCAAGACGUAUGCCAACUUCCCAGAAGCACCUCAGGAGGAGGCUUCUCUCAGCAAUAGGCUCAAGACGUAUGCCAACUUCCCAGAAGCACCUCAGGAGGAGGCUUCUCUCAGCAAUAGGCUCAAGACGUAUGCCAACUUCCCAGAAGCACCUCAGGAGGAGGCUUCUCUCAGCAAUAGGCUCAAGACGUAUGCCAACUUCCCAGAAGCACCUCAGGAGGAGGCUUCUCUCAGCAAUAGGCUCAAGACGUAUGCCAACUUCCCAGAAGCACCUCAGGAGGAGGCUUCUCUCAGCAAUAGGCUCAAGACGUAUGCCAACUUCCCAGAAGCACCUCAGGAGGAGGCUUCUCUCAGCAAUAGGCUCAAGACGUAUGCCAACUUCCCAGAGGCACCUCAGGAGGAGGCUUCUCUCAGCAAUAGGCUCAAGACGUAUGCCAACUUCCCAGAAGCACCUCAGGAGGAGGCUUCUCUCAGCAAUAGGCUCAAGACGUAUGCCAACUUCCCAGAAGCACCUCAGGAGGAGGCUUCUCUCAGCAAUAGGCUCAAGACGUAUGCCAACUUCCCAGAAGCACCUCAGGAGGAGGCUUCUCUCAGCAAUAGGCUCAAGACGUAUGCCAACUUCCCAGAAGCACCUCAGGAGGAGGCUUCUCUCAGCAAUAGGCUCAAGACGUAUGCCAACUUCCCAGAAGCACCUCAGGAGGAGGCUUCUCUCAGCAAUAGGCUCAAGACGUAUGCCAACUUCCCAGAAGCACCUCAGGAGGAGGCUUCUCUCAGCAAUAGGCUCAAGACGUAUGCCAACUUCCCAGAAGCACCUCAGGAGGAGGCUUCUCUCAGCAAUAGGCUCAAGACGUAUGCCAACUUCCCAGAAGCACCUCAGGAGGAGGCUUCUCUCAGCAAUAGGCUCAAGACGUAUGCCAACUUCCCAGAAGCACCUCAGGAGGAGGCUUCUCUCAGCAAUAGGCUCAAGACGUAUGCCAACUUCCCAGAAGCACCUCAGGAGGAGGCUUCUCUCAGCAAUAGGCUCAAGACGUAUGCCAACUUCCCAGAAGCACCUCAGGAGGAGGCUUCUCUCAGCAAUAGGCUCAAGACGUAUGCCAACUUCCCAGAAGCACCUCAGGAGGAGGCUUCUCUCAGCAAUAGGCUCAAGACGUAUGCCAACUUCCCAGAAGCACCUCAGGAGGAGGCUUCUCUCAGCAAUAGGCUCAAGACGUAUGCCAACUUCCCAGAAGCACCUCAGGAGGAGGCUUCUCUCAGCAAUAGGCUCAAGACGUAUGCCAACUUCCCAGAAGCACCUCAGGAGGAGGCUUCUCUCAGCAAUAGGCUCAAGACGUAUGCCAACUUCCCAGAAGCACCUCAGGAGGAGGCUUCUCUCAGCAAUAGGCUCAAGACGUAUGCCAACUUCCCAGAAGCACCUCAGGAGGAGGCUUCUCUCAGCAAUAGGCUCAAGACGUAUGCCAACUUCCCAGAAGCACCUCAGGAGGAGGCUUCUCUCAGCAAUAGGCUCAAGACGUAUGCCAACUUCCCAGAAGCACCUCAGGAGGAGGCUUCUCUCAGCAAUAGGCUCAAGACGUAUGCCAACUUCCCAGAAGCACCUCAGGAGGAGGCUUCUCUCAGCAAUAGGCUCAAGACGUAUGCCAACUUCCCAGAAGCACCUCAGGAGGAGGCUUCUCUCAGCAAUAGGCUCAAGACGUAUGCCAACUUCCCAGAAGCACCUCAGGAGGAGGCUUCUCUCAGCAAUAGGCUCAAGACGUAUGCCAACUUCCCAGAAGCACCUCAGGAGGAGGCUUCUCUCAGCAAUAGGCUCAAGACGUAUGCCAACUUCCCAGAAGCACCUCAGGAGGAGGCUUCUCUCAGCAAUAGGCUCAAGACGUAUGCCAACUUCCCAGAAGCACCUCAGGAGGAGGCUUCUCUCAGCAAUAGGCUCAAGACGUAUGCCAACUUCCCAGAAGCACCUCAGGAGGAGGCUUCUCUCAGCAAUAGGCUCAAGACGUAUGCCAACUUCCCAGAAGCACCUCAGGAGGAGGCUUCUCUCAGCAAUAGGCUCAAGACGUAUGCCAACUUCCCAGAAGCACCUCAGGAGGAGGCUUCUCUCAGCAAUAGGCUCAAGACGUAUGCCAACUUCCCAGAAGCACCUCAGGAGGAGGCUUCUCUCAGCAAUAGGCUCAAGACGUAUGCCAACUUCCCAGAAGCACCUCAGGAGGAGGCUUCUCUCAGCAAUAGGCUCAAGACGUAUGCCAACUUCCCAGAAGCACCUCAGGAGGAGGCUUCUCUCAGCAAUAGGCUCAAGACGUAUGCCAACUUCCCAGAAGCACCUCAGGAGGAGGCUUCUCUCAGCAAUAGGCUCAAGACGUAUGCCAACUUCCCAGAAGCACCUCAGGAGGAGGCUUCUCUCAGCAAUAGGCUCAAGACGUAUGCCAACUUCCCAGAAGCACCUCAGGAGGAGGCUUCUCUCAGCAAUAGGCUCAAGACGUAUGCCAACUUCCCAGAAGCACCUCAGGAGGAGGCUUCUCUCAGCAAUAGGCUCAAGACGUAUGCCAACUUCCCAGAAGCACCUCAGGAGGAGGCUUCUCUCAGCAAUAGGCUCAAGACGUAUGCCAACUUCCCAGAAGCACCUCAGGAGGAGGCUUCUCUCAGCAAUAGGCUCAAGACGUAUGCCAACUUCCCAGAAGCACCUCAGGAGGAGGCUUCUCUCAGCAAUAGGCUCAAGACGUAUGCCAACUUCCCAGAAGCACCUCAGGAGGAGGCUUCUCUCAGCAAUAGGCUCAAGACGUAUGCCAACUUCCCAGAAGCACCUCAGGAGGAGGCUUCUCUCAGCAAUAGGCUCAAGACGUAUGCCAACUUCCCAGAAGCACCUCAGGAGGAGGCUUCUCUCAGCAAUAGGCUCAAGACGUAUGCCAACUUCCCAGAAGCACCUCAGGAGGAGGCUUCUCUCAGCAAUAGGCUCAAGACGUAUGCCAACUUCCCAGAAGCACCUCAGGAGGAGGCUUCUCUCAGCAAUAGGCUCAAGACGUAUGCCAACUUCCCAGAAGCACCUCAGGAGGAGGCUUCUCUCAGCAAUAGGCUCAAGACGUAUGCCAACUUCCCAGAAGCACCUCAGGAGGAGGCUUCUCUCAGCAAUAGGCUCAAGACGUAUGCCAACUUCCCAGAAGCACCUCAGGAGGAGGCUUCUCUCAGCAAUAGGCUCAAGACGUAUGCCAACUUCCCAGAAGCACCUCAGGAGGAGGCUUCUCUCAGCAAUAGGCUCAAGACGUAUGCCAACUUCCCAGAAGCACCUCAGGAGGAGGCUUCUCUCAGCAAUAGGCUCAAGACGUAUGCCAACUUCCCAGAAGCACCUCAGGAGGAGGCUUCUCUCAGCAAUAGGCUCAAGACGUAUGCCAACUUCCCAGAAGCACCUCAGGAGGAGGCUUCUCUCAGCAAUAGGCUCAAGACGUAUGCCAACUUCCCAGAAGCACCUCAGGAGGAGGCUUCUCUCAGCAAUAGGCUCAAGACGUAUGCCAACUUCCCAGAAGCACCUCAGGAGGAGGCUUCUCUCAGCAAUAGGCUCAAGACGUAUGCCAACUUCCCAGAAGCACCUCAGGAGGAGGCUUCUCUCAGCAAUAGGCUCAAGACGUAUGCCAACUUCCCAGAAGCACCUCAGGAGGAGGCUUCUCUCAGCAAUAGGCUCAAGACGUAUGCCAACUUCCCAGAAGCACCUCAGGAGGAGGCUUCUCUCAGCAAUAGGCUCAAGACGUAUGCCAACUUCCCAGAAGCACCUCAGGAGGAGGCUUCUCUCAGCAAUAGGCUCAAGACGUAUGCCAACUUCCCAGAAGCACCUCAGGAGGAGGCUUCUCUCAGCAAUAGGCUCAAGACGUAUGCCAACUUCCCAGAAGCACCUCAGGAGGAGGCUUCUCUCAGCAAUAGGCUCAAGACGUAUGCCAACUUCCCAGAAGCACCUCAGGAGGAGGCUUCUCUCAGCAAUAGGCUCAAGACGUAUGCCAACUUCCCAGAAGCACCUCAGGAGGAGGCUUCUCUCAGCAAUAGGCUCAAGACGUAUGCCAACUUCCCAGAAGCACCUCAGGAGGAGGCUUCUCUCAGCAAUAGGCUCAAGACGUAUGCCAACUUCCCAGAAGCACCUCAGGAGGAGGCUUCUCUCAGCAAUAGGCUCAAGACGUAUGCCAACUUCCCAGAAGCACCUCAGGAGGAGGCUUCCCUCAGCAAUAGGCUCAAGACGUAUGCCAACUUCCCAGAAGCACCUCAGGAGGAGGCUUCUCUCAGCAAUAGGCUCAAGACGUAUGCCAACUUCCCAGAAGCACCUCAGGAGGAGGCUUCUCUCAGCAAUAGGCUCAAGACGUAUGCCAACUUCCCAGAAGCACCUCAGGAGGAGGCUUCUCUCAGCAAUAGGCUCAAGACGUAUGCCAACUUCCCAGAAGCACCUCAGGAGGAGGCUUCCCUCAGCAAUAGGCUCAAGACGUAUGCCAACUUCCCAGAAGCACCUCAGGAGGAGGCUUCUCUCAGCAAUAGGCUCAAGACGUAUGCCAACUUCCCAGAAGCACCUCAGGAGGAGGCUUCUCUCAGCAAUAGGCUCAAGACGUAUGCCAACUUCCCAGAAGCACCUCAGGAGGAGGCUUCUCUCAGCAAUAGGCUCAAGACGUAUGCCAACUUCCCAGAAGCACCUCAGGAGGAGGCUUCUCUCAGCAAUAGGCUCAAGACGUAUGCCAACUUCCCAGAAGCACCUCAGGAGGAGGCUUCUCUCAGCAAUAGGCUCAAGACGUAUGCCAACUUCCCAGAAGCACCUCAGGAGGAGGCUUCUCUCAGCAAUAGGCUCAAGACGUAUGCCAACUUCCCAGAAGCACCUCAGGAGGAGGCUUCUCUCAGCAAUAGGCUCAAGACGUAUGCCAACUUCCCAGAAGCACCUCAGGAGGAGGCUUCUCUCAGCAAUAGGCUCAAGACGUAUGCCAACUUCCCAGAAGCACCUCAGGAGGAGGCUUCUCUCAGCAAUAGGCUCAAGACGUAUGCCAACUUCCCAGAAGCACCUCAGGAGGAGGCUUCUCUCAGCAAUAGGCUCAAGACGUAUGCCAACUUCCCAGAAGCACCUCAGGAGGAGGCUUCUCUCAGCAAUAGGCUCAAGACGUAUGCCAACUUCCCAGAAGCACCUCAGGAGGAGGCUUCUCUCAGCAAUAGGCUCAAGACGUAUGCCAACUUCCCAGAAGCACCUCAGGAGGAGGCUUCUCUCAGCAAUAGGCUCAAGACGUAUGCCAACUUCCCAGAAGCACCUCAGGAGGAGGCUUCUCUCAGCAAUAGGCUCAAGACGUAUGCCAACUUCCCAGAAGCACCUCAGGAGGAGGCUUCUCUCAGCAAUAGGCUCAAGACGUAUGCCAACUUCCCAGAAGCACCUCAGGAGGAGGCUUCUCUCAGCAAUAGGCUCAAGACGUAUGCCAACUUCCCAGAAGCACCUCAGGAGGAGGCUUCUCUCAGCAAUAGGCUCAAGACGUAUGCCAACUUCCCAGAAGCACCUCAGGAGGAGGCUUCUCUCAGCAAUAGGCUCAAGACGUAUGCCAACUUCCCAGAAGCACCUCAGGAGGAGGCUUCUCUCAGCAAUAGGCUCAAGACGUAUGCCAACUUCCCAGAAGCACCUCAGGAGGAGGCUUCUCUCAGCAAUAGGCUCAAGACGUAUGCCAACUUCCCAGAAGCACCUCAGGAGGAGGCUUCUCUCAGCAAUAGGCUCAAGACGUAUGCCAACUUCCCAGAAGCACCUCAGGAGGAGGCUUCCCUCAGCAAUAGGCUCAAGACGUAUGCCAACUUCCCAGAAGCACCUCAGGAGGAGGCUUCUCUCAGCAAUAGGCUCAAGACGUAUGCCAACUUCCCAGAAGCACCUCAGGAGGAGGCUUCUCUCAGCAAUAGGCUCAAGACGUAUGCCAACUUCCCAGAAGCACCUCAGGAGGAGGCUUCUCUCAGCAAUAGGCUCAAGACGUAUGCCAACUUCCCAGAAGCACCUCAGGAGGAGGCUUCCCUCAGCAAUAGGCUCAAGACGUAUGCCAACUUCCCAGAAGCACCUCAGGAGGAGGCUUCUCUCAGCAAUAGGCUCAAGACGUAUGCCAACUUCCCAGAAGCACCUCAGGAGGAGGCUUCUCUCAGCAAUAGGCUCAAGACGUAUGCCAACUUCCCAGAAGCACCUCAGGAGGAGGCUUCUCUCAGCAAUAGGCUCAAGACGUAUGCCAACUUCCCAGAAGCACCUCAGGAGGAGGCUUCUCUCAGCAAUAGGCUCAAGACGUAUGCCAACUUCCCAGAAGCACCUCAGGAGGAGGCUUCUCUCAGCAAUAGGCUCAAGACGUAUGCCAACUUCCCAGAAGCACCUCAGGAGGAGGCUUCUCUCAGCAAUAGGCUCAAGACGUAUGCCAACUUCCCAGAAGCACCUCAGGAGGAGGCUUCUCUCAGCAAUAGGCUCAAGACGUAUGCCAACUUCCCAGAAGCACCUCAGGAGGAGGCUUCUCUCAGCAAUAGGCUCAAGACGUAUGCCAACUUCCCAGAAGCACCUCAGGAGGAGGCUUCUCUCAGCAAUAG